CCGCAAGGUCAGUGAUACAUAUAAAACGAAUUGGCUAAUUUCGGAGGCUAUCAGUUAGUUGAUCCAGGUACAUACAUACUAUACAAGGCAACAUGCAAUCCUACGCAGCUGUAGCUCUCUUCACCAUCUUGGCCGUUGCUAACGCCAGUGUCCUGCCUUCAGCCAAAAUCUUGCAAGGACCCAGCAGCAGAACGACCCUAGUUGGACCUGAAGGAAGCGUAAUCUCCUCCGUAUCUCCAGGAGGCAGCAUCGUCACCGACGAACAUUCCGGUGUUGUCGCCUAUGCUGCCCCAGCUGUCGUAGCUCACGCUGCCCCUGCUGUAGUCGCCCAUGCCGCCCCUACCGUAGUAGCUCACGCCGCCCCUGCUGUAGUAGCCCACUCUGCUCCCGUGGUCGCCCAUGCCGCCCCAGUUGUUGUAGCCCACUCUGCUCCAGCUGUAGUAUCUCACUCUUCCACCGUAGUUGCUCACUCUGCUUAUGCAGCCCCAGCUGUAGUUGCCCAUGCCGCCCCUGUUGUUGCACAUGCCGCCCCUGUUGUUGCACAUGCCGCCCCUGUUGCAUAUGCUGCCCCAAUUGCCCACGCUGCCCCAGUUGCAGUUGCCCAUGCUGCUCCAGUUGUAGCUGCACACGGAUCUGUUGAUACAGUAGUAGCUGGACCUUCUGGUACUAUAGCCGCUAGCAGGGCUGCCACAAUAUCUGAUGUUGUUGGACCUCAUCAUGGUGUCCAUGCCGCCCAUGUUUGGGUAGCUUUCACUUUCUUCGCUCUAUUGGCCGUGGCCAAUGCUGGAAUAAUCCCUGGUGCAUCAUCUUUUGUUGCUCCUUCCGCCUAUGCUGCUCCAGGAGUAGUCGCUCAUGGUGCUUCAUUUAUUCCUAAUGCAUCACCAUUUGUGGCCCACGGCGCCCCAAUUGCAUAUGGCGCCCACCCAUAUGCACAUGCUGGUCCACUGGCUUAUGCUGGAGCAGCCAUCGCAUUCUUCGUCUUAUUGGCCGCAGCCAGCGCCGGCAUAAUUCCUAGCGCAGCCGUCGUAGCCCGUAGCGCCGUAGUCGCCCCAGUAGUUCCCGUAGUUACCCUCGCUGCCCCUGUAGUCGCUCCUUCCGCCUACGCCGCCCCUGUGGCAUAUGCCGCCCAUCCAGUUGCACACGCCGCCCCUCAAAAACCAAAUACUACUAUAUUAAUUAAUAUGAACUCCCUGGUGCUCAUUGCAGUUCUGUCUACUCUGACUGUUGCUAACGCUUCAGUCGUUGCUCCUGCACCAACAGUUCUGCAAGGACUAAGCACCAGGUCAACCCUUGUAGGCUCGGUAGUUCCAGGAGGACAAAUCAUCACUAAUGGACAUCUUGGUGCAGUUUCCUACGCUGCCCCUGUGGUUUCCCACACAUCAGCUGUCGUUGCUCAUUCCGUACCUGCGAUAACUACUUAUUCUGCACCAGCUGUCGUUGCCCAUUCCGCUCCCUCUGUAGUAUCCCACUCUGCAAACACCGUUGUACACUCAGCUCCAACUGUUGUCGCCCAUUCCGCUCCAGCUGUAGCGGCUCCUGCUGUCGUAGCACACGCAGCUCCUGCUAUUUCGGUAGUUCGUUCUGCUCCAGUAACAGUGUCACAUUCUGGUCAAAGCGUAGUGCACCGUGCUGCUUCUGUAGUAGCCCAUUCUGCUCCUGCUGUAGUAACCCAUUCUGCCCCUGCUGUAGUAGCUCAUUCUGCUCCAGCAGUAGUAGCUCACUCCGCCCCCGCUGUUGCCGUUGCCCAUUCCGCACCCAUAACAGUAUCUCACAAUGCCCAGAGUGUAGUGCACCGUGCUCCAGCUGUAGUUGCUCACUCUGCUCCUGCUGUAGUGGCUCACUCUGCUCCUGCUGUGGUAGCUCAUUCCGCUCCUGCUGUUACCAUUACCCGUUCCGCUCCGUUAACUGUAUCCCACAGUGCCCAGAGUGUCGUCCACCCUGCUCCUGCUGUAGUAGCCCAUUCGGUUCCUGCAGUGGUAGCUCAUUCCGUUCCUGCUGCCGUCGCCUACUCGGCCCCGGCUGUUGUAGCUCACUCUGCUCCUGUGGCAGUGUCACAUUCUGCUCAUAGCGUUGUACAUUCAGCUCCUGCUGUUGCAACUUAUUCUGCUCCUGCUGUAGAAGCGCAUUCUGCUUGGUCUGCAUGGGCUGACGAUAAAUAAAUUUGUAAACGUCUUGUAAAUAUGUUCAUUUAUAAAAUGUUAAGUAUAUAUGUAAAUAAAGGAAAAAUGCGUUUAGAACGAUAUAUACAUUCAUUUGAUACCUCUGUUAGAAAUUUACACCUAAAAGUAGAGAUACCAUAAUGAAACAUUUUUAUCUAUUUCAAUUAUAUGGUAUAGAAAAGU